AGGUUAUCACUUUUUUAUCACAAUACCUCUCUUCUUCCAUCUCCAAUUUCAUCUAGAAUCAGUCCAUCAUUCAUCACACACUUCACUUCUUGAUGUCUCUUCAACAAACCAAACAAGUCCUUACUUUAAACCCUAAAAACAACACUCUUCUAGAAUCUUGUAUUCAAGAAAAACCCAUUUCAAAUUUCAAAUUCUUCAACUUGAUUCUCAAUUCUCUCAAUCACGGUUUUUGUUAACUACUUUGUGCUUUCUCACACUAUGGUAUUGUACUUUCAAUAUCAAUAAGGAGUAGGAAUUAUGUGUAUAUAUAUUAUUAUGGCAAUUGGUUUACAUGGUUCGAUUGUGACAUAAACAGGAAGUGAUGCAAAUCCUGCUCCGAUUGUUAACAACAAUCCGACCCGACCCGAUUUAUGUCCCGCUUUCACGCGCAUCACAGACAGCUGUUUAAAUUCGCAUCACAGCUGUCUGUUACCAUUCAUCAUUUUCUGACCGUUGGGGAGAAUGAAACCCUAAUUCUUCUUAUAAAUACAUACAAAGGCUUUUGCGCCGUUUUAAUUUCAUUCCUUAACUCUCACAAUACUCACUUUCACAAAAAUCGCUGUUCAUCGCUGUUCAUCUGCUUCGUUAGUUUCACUGAAGUUCAUCGCUGUGUUCAUCGCUCUCACCGAAGUUCCUUCCUUGGUUCAUCGCUCUCUGACCCAUUGCUUUCAUUUCAUUCAAGACUCAAUCAAUUUGGUAAAGUUUUCAUCUUUCUUUAAUUUCUGAGUUUCUUUCUUUCAUUUCAUCGCUUCGAUUACUUAUGCAAUUUGUUUAUUCAUUGUUGAUUUUCAGACUCAUUCUUCCUUCUACUUUCUACCCUCUUCACUCACUCACUCUCUUACUUCCAUUAUUAUUCAUUACAAUCCAUUCAUUCAUUCAUUAUUCCAUUUCAUUCAUUCAUUCAUCGCAAAUAUGAACCUUUUCACUACUAACAAUCCAUCAUUCCCCGCUGGGCUUAGAGUACUUGCAGUCGAUCAUGACACCUACGAUUUCUACACUAUUCACCACAUUUGCAAUCAAUUACACUAUCAAGUUACAUCAUGUUUUACAAUUUCUCAAGCAAAGCAGCUCUUGUCGACAUCACAUUUCGACAUCAUACUCGUCGAAACUCAUAUUCCACAGCAAGAUACUUAUGCAUUUGUUCAACAAGUGACUUCACAUUUGAAAAUUCCAGUGAUUAUGAUGUCGCUUGAUAACCGAACCUGUUCUGUUAUGGAUUCCAUUUCCAACGGGGCUUGUAGUUACUGGGCCAAACCACUGGAUGAAAAUCUAUUCAAAAAUAUGUGGCAACAUGUCGUGCGGCAACAUCUAGUGCAAAAGGAAAGCGAGGCUAAAGGGCUUAAAAAGCGAGGAAGAGAACAUCUAGUGCAAAAGGAAAGCGAGGCUAAAGGGCUUAAAAAGCGAGGAAGAGAUGAUGAGGUUCAUGUUUCUAAACAACCUCCGGCAAAGAAAGCUCGUUUCUCUUGGACAGAUGAUUUGCACCAAAAAUUUGUGUCGGUCGUGAAUCAUCUUGGGAUUAAAAAUGCAAAGCCUAAAAAAGUUCUGAAGAUCAUGGAUUGUCCUGGCUUGGAAUUACAGCAUGUAGCUAGUCAUUUGCAGAAAUAUAAAAUGUAUUUAGAUGGUGGGAUAAAAAAUUCAAAGAUGAAUCAGAAGAACAAUGAAACACAAGCACAGGAUCAAGAAAUUGAUGAAACCGAAGUAUUUUUUAGCUUGACUGAUUUUUUCCCCGAUCUUAACGAUGAUGAUAUACACAAUAACAACUAUGCUGUUUCAGCUGAGAGCAUUGAUUCCCCUAGCACCUCUCUUCCACAGCUUGGGCAAUAUUCAAUGACACCACCUGAUCAAUGUGACGAUUCCGACAUAUUUUCUAAUUUGACCGAUUUAUUCCCCAAUCUUAACGAUGAGAUACACAAUGGGAUGUGGUGACUAUAAAGAAGGCAACAUUGAAUAUCUCAUUCCACCUUCACGACAUUUGUUUCUAUUUUAGUCAUAGUUAGUAUAUCAAUUAUGCUUUAGGCUUAUGUUUUGUAACAAGGGCACUGUUAUAAAAGGCCCAUUUCUGUGUUUUGUUCAUAUUGAAUCAAUAAAAAUAUAUUUUUUUUAAUGC